GCAGUCUUUGACCAGCAGGGGGGUUUGGGUGCACAUGGAGCCUCGAGAAAUGAACCUUUUUGUGAACCAGUUGGCUGGAAGGCUUCAGGGCUUCAGGAGGCUUCAUCUCGCCAUCACUUCCUGAGACAUGCUGAACAGAAACGUUUUAAACGUGUGACUGAUAAACCGGCAGUUGCGAUCUUUUCCACGCAGUUUGAUGACGUCGUCUCUCUACGCCGGAAAGGAACAUUUGAAAAUGUGUUUUUGUCGGGACAACAAACAACAGACGGAGUUCGAUGCUUCGGUGUUAAGUGACAUCACCGAGACUGCGCUCUCCGUCUGAUUCACACAGACCCGGGCGACGUAUUUUAACUAGCGGCUAGCUUUGUCAUAGACUCGAUGUGUCAGCAGGCUAACAGUCUGUGUAGCUGUAGUUGAAGUUAGCAUUUGAGGUGGCUGUCGCUCAUCUGUUUUUACACAUAUUUAUACAUAUUCAUCGAAUCUCUACGCUAACACCUGGUCCAGCAACACACGUUUAGGUUUUUUAUUGACUAACAACAUGAUUAGAAUAAUGUUGGUCAACUCGGCAUAAGUUACAGCUCUUGUUGUGCUUGGAGGAGACAAGGUGAUGUCUGACGUCAGGGUGAACAUGUGUGAACCAGACUCAUACGGAGCACAGGGAGAACCGUGUCCUGACCCCGUGAGACCUCCGAGGAAUGAGGCUCCCGGGCCUGACCUGCAGGGUCCUCAGCCUGCUGGUCACCCAUCCCCAGCAGAUGCCAGCCCCUCAGCCUCCGCUGAGACAAGUGGCUUGUUGUCUUUACCAUGGGAGAUGCUCUCCCACAUCGCCUCUUACCUCCCUGCACAGUGUGUCUUCUCUGUGCUGCCAAAGGUCUGCCAGGCAUUGGGUAAUUUGGAAAAGGACAGCAGCGCUUGGCAGCUCCGAGCACGUAGAUUAAUAGGAUCCCAAGCUGGCUUUCCAGUAGGGCCAAGGGAAGACUUUGACUGGCUUACUGCUUGCCUGGAGAUGGAGCAGCUGAUAAUCUGCUGGAAAAACCAAGAGGAGCUUUUGGCCAGACAGGCUCAGAAAGAGGAGGAGGACAGUAAUCAAGUAAGGCAGCGGCAACAGGCGGGGCAGGACAGGGAACCAGGUGCAGGGGGACAGGAUGGUGGCGGAGAGGCUCAGGUAGAAGGGGCAGGGGUGGCUGCGGAGGUGAUAAUAGAAGAUGAUGAUGGUGAAAUUGUAGCAAUAAUCGAAGAAGAAAGGGACCACAGGAUGAUGUUUGAUGCCAAUCAGGAAGAUGGGGCUCUUAAUCACCAAGAAUACCUGGCUGACCCCAGGAAUCUGGGUAAUGGAAGACAGGCAGAGAUGGAGCAAAGUCACCCCUGCAGAAGUCCUAGCCCACCCCCAGCCCUGGAAUGCAUCACCAUCCUUACAGACCACAUUGCCUCAGUCAACUCUGUUCUCCUUGUUGGGGGAGAGGGGAAAGUUUGUGCCACAGGUUCCAGAGACUGGAAUGUUAAACUUUGGGAUCUACAAGCAGGCUCUAGUGGGACGCUGCUGCACACAUUGGGAGGACAGGAUGCGUUACACACCCAUCGGGGCUGGGUCUGGUGCUUGGCAUCUCGAGGGUCUCUGCUGGCCUCAGGGUGCUUCGACAGCACAGUGAGGCUGUGGGACCUGCAGGCAGGUGGUGCAGUGGGGGGCCUGAUCAGAGCUGAUUCUGCUGUCCUCUGCCUGUCCUGUCAGACAGAUGUGUUACUGGCUGGUACAGUGAAGAUGAUCACCAUGUGGGACACCAGAGCGGCCAGCCCCGUGGUGAAAAGUCUCUGUCUCCAUGGUAAUGCUGUGAUGUGCCUGGCUGCAGAUGACAAGUACAUCAUCUCUGGGAGUAAAGAUCGCACUGUAGCUGUAUAUGAUCGCAGGGCAGGCAAAGUCUUGAAGAAACUUCGGCUGACUUCUUACCUGCGGUCCAUGAGCUACAGUGACAGUGAGGUAUGGGCAGGAGACAACAAAGGCAUGCUCCACUCCUUUUCCAUGCAAGCAGGGACCUUAAAAGACAGGGGGUCUAAGUUUGAUGUGGGACAUACUGCUAUGGUCACUGGCAUCCACAGAUCUCUCGGGAGCCUCUACACCUGCUCAUUUGAUCGUACUGUCAAGGUGCACAUUCCUUGUGGUCCUCCGAGGACAUUAUGCACACUGCAUCAUCAAGCUGGAGUCAGUGGGCUGAGUGUGGACGCUGGAGUCUUUGCUGUUGCCACAGGAGAUGUGUGUGUAGAUGUCUGGAGGCCCAGAAAAUGACAGAGCAGUGCCUGCAAACUACAGAAUGUGUCAAGAAUGAAUAGCAGAAGACAAAUAACUACCUGCAGCCAAACAACACCAUACCUGUCUAUCAGCAUUUUUAAAUUUGGAAUACCUGGAUUAUACAACAAGCACAUUACAUAAAACAUACAGCUCUGCAUCUGUUAUUAAGCGAGAUGUUGGUAGAAACUUAAAGGAGACAUACUUUGCUUUUCAAGUUUUUUGAUGCGUUUUUGAAUGUUAGAGCAUUUAAGCCUUUUCAAGUAAUUACCCAAAUUAAAAGUGUAAACCUGAAUAUGAGCAUAAUAUGUAGCGUUUAACGAAUCAAUAUUAAAAGGUACGGGUGUAAAUGAAGAUAGAUGUGGUACAUAUGGCCAAGCAACGCAUUUCACUUGCUGCACUGCUGAAAAAAAAGUUUUAAAAAGUGUAAAAAUAAAGUUUUUGGAAAAAGUGCUGCCGGUUGUUUAGUUUAGCUGCACUGUUAAACUGUAUGUUGAUAUUGUAAUAUGGCAGAGGUAUGUUUGUAAAACUUCAAGUCUCUUCACCUUUAUUUGUUCCUUGUUUGAUUCAUAACACAAACAGGAAUCAUAUUUAUGACUAAUGUCUGCAUUCAAAGCUUUCAAAGAUGUUUGUUCCUUGUUCCUUUGUUCAUCCUCUUUGAAUUGUUUGUUUCAUUAAAUAGCCUGAAGAAUUGAACAUUUAUAAUAUUCACAUGUUCACAAAUUGACUGAACUGACAUUGCAUUAGUUAGAGAACACAAUUAAUGAAUUAUACAUUUAUUGUUCUAGUUUUUGAGGGUAUGUCUAUGAAUGCUGUUUGUGUGUUUUAAUUAUAACAAUGUCAUUGUUUGGUUAAAUGUAACUAUACAUCAUUUGCACUAUACUUGUCGGAUGCACAUGUAAAAACACUGAAAGACUGUUUCCGCUGUCAUUAGAUGUCAUUAAAAUCUAGUGUCUGAUU